AUGGCAAAGACUUCUCGCAAUGAACUACACGUCGCCAUCGUUGGUGCCGGCAUCGGCGGCCUCGCUUUGGCCAUGGCUCUGCACAAGAAGGGCAUCUCCUUCACGCUGUAUGAAGAUGCAAAGGAGUAUUCGGCAGUAGGCGCCGGUAUUGGAUUCGCCCCUAAUGGCAUGCGCACGAUGGAUCUCAUUGAGCCUGGUUUCCGACCUCUCUACGAGGCUAUAUGUGUUGGAAACAAGGGCGAGGACGCACAAGAUAUCUUUUUUGAGGGUAUGCUACUUGAAGAGGGUCUUGGUCGCGAUAAGCCGUGGUAUGGUCAUUCCGGAUGGGGCCAUCCAGAUUACAUCCGCAAGUCUGCGCAUCGCAAGACCCUUCUCGACAUCAUGACCAGUUUCAUCCCCAUCGAAAACGUCAAGUUCAACAAGCGCCUCACCAAGAUCGAGGAGCGGCCCGAUGGCGUCACACUAUCGUUCCAAGAUGGAACAACAGCCGAGUGCUCAGUCCUUGCUGGUGCAGAUGGCAUCAAGAGUACUGUGAGGGCGCAUGUCCUUGAAAACUAUCCCAGCCAGAUCGCGCCCGUGUAUGCAGGUGCUUACUGCUAUCGUGCUGUCAUUCCCAUGUCAGAGGCGUACGAGAUUCUCGGUGAUCUCACCGACGUUGCCAAGUUCUACUUUGGACCCAAGCGCAGCGCUGUUACGUAUCGCAUUACGGGUGGUGAAGAGUUCAACUAUCUCCUUUGCGUCGCCGAUUCCCCCGAUGGUUGGAAGCUCAAGGGCGCUGUUACAGAGACCAUCUCCCACGAAGCCAUGAUGGCCGACUUCGAGGGCCCAGGCGUCGACGAUCGCUUCCGACAGCUCCUCGCCAAAGCCAAGCCCAUCAAGUGGGGUUUCUUCCAUCACUUCCGCACAGCAUCAUACUACCGUGGUCGAGUCGCUCUAGUCGGUGACAGUGCCCACGCCUCGCUACCUUUCCAAGCAGCCGGAGCAGCCCAGGGUCUAGAAGAUGCCCUGGUCCUAUCCAACGUUCUCGCGGAGAUCGCCGAGCUGCCCCAGCGUGGCGCAGAGCUGGUCCCCUCUAUCCAAGCAGGACUGUCCGCCUAUGAUUCCGUCAGGCGUCCUCGUGCGCAGAAACAGCUGGAACAAGCUGCUGAGGUUGGCCGCAUGAUUUUCUUCCAGCAUGAAGAGGCCGGUGACGACAUGGAUAAGAUUCUGCCUAGACUGCAGCAGGGAAGGUUCAACUGGUUGUGGUUCCAUGACAUGAACGACGAUGCACAGGAGGCUGUGAAGAGGAUGCAGAAGCUUAUUAGUUACACUGUCAGUGAGGAUGCCUGCUGA